UAUACGAAUGCGGCUGUAAACUCUCAAUUAUUUGUUCCUCAAUUGUUUUAAUUUCAAAAAAUCGUUUACCUAUGGCUAUCUAUCGUUCAUUUAAAAUUGCAUAAUUCGUUUAAUUACAAUGUAUUUUACAUUUAAUCCUUGGUUCUUAUAGCAAAAAGACGACCAACGAUUUAGAAAUCUUUGACAUUUCAGAAUGAAAACUAAAAGUAACUCGGUUCCAAAUUUCAAAAGUUUCGUCGAACAAAUGAUCGAUGGAGCCCUAAAAGAUAAUGAUCAAAUUGUACAAUUUCAUCAAAUGAUUUACGAGAAAUGGAAUUUCAAGAAAUUAUUGGAAUUAGAAAAUGCUAACUAUAAACAAAAUGAAGAAUCUUUAGAAUCGAAAGAGAACAUAUCAGCAACGGUAGCGCAUCGUAGAUCGCGUCGCUAUAAAUAUAAGCGAACUUCCGUAACGAUUUUCCAUAAAAUGCCUAGUCAAAAAGAUGUGACAGAAAUAAGAGAAACACCAAACUUCGUUUCGAUUAAUAAUAAGGAAUUUGCCAAUGAAAAUGAGGAUUUGAAUAAACUAGAUGACAUUAAUAUUUCUCCUAUCAUUGGUGAUACUAAAGUUAUUGAACUUUGGAGCAACUCGACAAACCGCGCAGCAGAUAAAUUACAAAUUGCGACAAACAACGUUUCUGUGGUUCACUGUGAUCAUAUGCAUGGAUUAGCAAGUCAGCGACAAAAUGAAAAAAAACUAUCCUUUGAAGCUUGGAAAAAUAAGAAAACUGUCACAUAUAAACGAAUUCUUAAAAAAAUAGAAACUGAAAAACAGCAAAAAUUACUUGAAAAUUUAACAAAUACAAAAUGGAAAAAAAUUGCUCAACAGGCACAAAUACGCAAGGAAAAUAAAAAUCGACGAAAACAAAAGUUACUUUCUAAAAAAUAUUUUGAAAUGAAUAAUUGUAACGUAAAAUCUAAUUGUAAUAAAAUGAAUGAAAAACAAAUUUUUGAAGAAUUUAUUUCAAAUUCAUUUGGAGAAGAAAAGAAUAUGAAAUUACAUAAAGAAAAGAGAAAUGAACCGAAUAUCGUGCGAAGAUCGAACAACAAUCCUAACAACGAUAGAAAAAAUAAAAUAUCUCCAAUGAUUAAUUCUAUUGAAAGUAUUGUAUUUUGUUCUUGGUUAAAUCAAUUGAAUUGCACACUUCAUAACAAAUAUUUACGUGAACGUCGACAUCUUGUACGAUCGUUUUAUUGUCAACCUUUCUAUUAUGGAGAUGAAAAGUUUUAUAUCAGAUAAGUACUUACAAUU